GUCGAUUGCGAGAUCUGGGAAUGUGUGUGUAAGUUAGUUUGUUGCAUUGUACGAUUGCACAUGAGCUGGCCUGUUUCAGGAAUCAUGGAUGCUGUGUUUUGUGGGAUUGUCAUACUACAAGUUUUUACAUCGGUUCUGUGCUUUCCGAACGGGGCACCAGCUUCAGCUUGUGUGGAUAUGAUACCGAGGCAUGGAGCGGUACAGCCCCAGCCAAACCCUGCUCCAUACACCAUCCACCCAAGCAGCACAGCCUUCCAGACUGGCAACCCCAUCACAGUUGUAAUCAAAGGUCCUGACUAUAGAGGCGUGCUCCUUGAGGCUCGCUCUGGAUCUGACUCAAAAGCAUUAGGAUCCUGGCAGACACCUCCAGAUAACACAAAGUUCUUAGAGUGUUCAGGAAACCAGCAAGGUGCCAUCACCCAUGCCAACACCAACAUAAAAAACAACUCCACCGUCUACACCUGGAUUCCACCAGCUACAGCGAAAAACAUCGUCUUCGUGGCGACUGUAGCCCAGCAGCGCACUGUGUUCUGGGUACAAGUGAUGUCCUCGACUUCAACUGAAGGAGGAGGAACAUCACUUGACGUACACAAUAGUGCUGAAAGGACUGUCACGCCUGUCCUGAUCAUUCCUCUUGUUCUUCUGGCAAAUGUUCAAUUUCUACUUGCUUAAGAAUGGUCCAGACUGAUUGAAUUAUAUUAGGUCAGCUACUCCUUAUUAAAUAUUUAAUCAGCAUUACACAUUUAGGCUCACAGUGUUAUUUGUCUGACUCAUGUUUAGCUGAUACUUGCGUGGGUGUUUAAAAAAAAAAAGAUGAAAUAAAAUAAAUAAAUAUA